AUGCAUGUGGCCUAUCGGAACGCUGUUAUACCAGUUGUAUUUGCAGUAUUACCAAAUAAGAAUCAGCAAACAUAUCAACGUCUUAUUAAUGAAUUAGCAGAACUUUGUCCGCUAUGGAAUCCCAAAUCCAUAAUGAUGGAUUUUGAGAGAACUGCCAUUAAUGCAUUUGGAGGUAGUUUUACAACGACAACAAAUCCUUCAACAAUGUUGGGUUGCUUUUUCCAUUUACAAAAUAAUAUUCAACGUAAAGUUCAAGAAUUGGGUUUAAAAACAAAUUGUGAACAAGAUCCUGUAUUCGCACAUAAUGUCAGUAAAAUUGCUGCUCUUGCAUUUCUUCAACCAGCAGAUGUUAGUCAAGGUUUUGCUGAUCUUCAUAAUUCAUCACCACCAAUGCUUCAUCCACUACUUGAUUACUUUGAAGACACUUAUAUAGGCAGACAACGGUCACAGGGACGAUGCAAACCCAUGUUUUCAGUUGAAUUCUGGAAUAUGCAUCAACGAACAACUGAUCUUUCCAUGUGCACGAAUAAUUCAGCUGAAACUUGGCACCGUCGUCUUAACUCCAUCAUUCAAUGCCAGCAUCCUACCCGUUGGGCUUUCAUUGAAAGUCUACAGAACGAAGAACAUUUUAUUCAUUGUCAAUUAAUUAAACUUAAUUCUGGUCAAAAAGUUGAAUCAAUAUUUAAAUUAUAG